UUCCUUCUUUCCUCCCUCAAGCAGCCCUUCAUUACCACCACCACCACCCCCCCGCCACGCACGCACAUCCUUCCUGCAAAAGUGGGCUUGUUUUGUCUAGCCAAAAAGAGAAAGAAGAGGGGAUUGCCUGGAAACGCAGAGAGAGAGAUUCCCCCUCAGUUUCUUGCAGAUGCGGCAGGUCCCUCCCCGUCCCCGCUCCAAAUCUUCCUGAGAUCCUGGCAGAAAGAGAGCGAGGGAGGAGGGAGGGAGGGAGAGCGAGCGAGCGAGCGCAGGUAAAAGGAUCUGCUAAGCUAGAGGAAGGAACCUCAAGACCCCACCAGGAGGCAAAAUUGCUCUGUGCGUUUUCCUAUCCAGCCCUUUUCUCUUCCCAGCGCUUGGGAAGCAAUCCUUUGCCUGUCUUCUUCCUGCUUCUCGUUUGGAACUCUUUUUGGUGGGCGGGGUGGGGGUGGUGGGAGAGAGACUCUCUCCAUCACACCCCCUUGGGUACCACUUUGGAGUUGCGGCAUCGCCGGGGCGACCCUCAGUUGCGUUUGUGGGAUCUGUGUUUUAUCUCCACCAGUCUUUUCACCACCCUAUCCAGAAGAUGGUCAACGAUCGAUGGAAAAACGUGGGGGGAGCCUCUCAGCUGGAAGACGGUCCGCAGGAGAAAUCCCAGAGAAUGAGCUGCGGUUAUAUCCUCUGCACCGUCCUCCUGUCUGUGGCAGUUCUCCUCGCCGUCACUGUCACUGGUGCCAUCCUCUUCAUGAACCACUACCACACGCCCGUCACGGAAUCCCCACCCAUCAUCAGCACCAAUCCCGAUGAAGCCAACGCCUUGGUCACCAUCGAGAAAGCUGAUGGCUCUCGUGUCAACAUAUUCAUCGACCCCAAUUGCCCGGACCAGGGCACCGGUUUCACCCGCCUGGAGGGCCUCCAGUCGUCUGUCCUGAGGGCUGUGACAGAUCUUGAUGCCGAGACGAAGUCAUCAAAGGGGCAGGAGAGGGCAUUGCUGGUGGGCCUGUCGGAUGAGGUGUCCAAAGUUCUCAGCCAUGCCACCCAGCUGAGGGCAGACUGUGACGGUCUGAAGAAAGGGCACAGCUCCAUGGGGCAGGAGCUGAACGCUCUGCAGAAUGAGCAAGGCCGUCUCAUACAGCUGCUCUCAGAGAGCCAGACCAACAUGGCGAGACUAGUGAGUUCUGUCAGCGACAUCCUGGACACCUUGCAGAAGGACCGCAGUGCGGUCCGUCCUCGGCUCAAAGCUGACCUCCAGAAGGCUCCAGCUCGGAGUGCCCGGCCAAAAGGAUGCUCCAACGGCUCUCGGCCUCGGGACUGCUUUGACAUCUAUGCAAGCGGACAACAAGAGGACGGUGUUUUUUCUGUCUUCCCCACUCACUACCCUGAAGGCUUCCAGGUUUACUGUGACAUGACGACGGAUGGCGGCGGGUGGACGGUCUUCCAGCGGCGUGAGGAUGGCUCUGUGAAUUUCUUCCGCGGGUGGGAAGCUUACAGGGAUGGAUUUGGGAAACUGACUGGAGAACACUGGCUCGGGCUGAAGAGGAUCCAUGCCUUGACCACGCAAGCCAGCUACGAGCUGCGCAUUGACCUAGAGGACUUUGAUAAUGGCACAGCUUAUGCACAUUAUGGAACAUUUUCGGUGGGUUUGUUCUCUGUCGACCCUGAGGAAGAUGGCUAUCCAGUUACUAUUGCUGACUAUUCUGGGACAGCAGGCGACUCGUUCCUGAAGCACAAUGGCAUGAAGUUCACCACCAAAGACUUGGACAACGACCACUCAGAGAACAACUGUGCCUCCUUCUACCACGGGGCCUGGUGGUACCGCAAUUGCCACACCUCCAACCUGAACGGGCAGUACCUGAAGGGCCACCACAGCUCCUACGCCGAUGGCAUCGAGUGGUCCUCAUGGACAGGCUGGCAGUACUCCCUCAAGUUCACUGAGAUGAAGAUCCGGCCUGCCAGAGAUGAGAAUUAGCUAAGUCUCCUUCCCACAUCACCCUACUUGUUCUCUAUCCCCACCCCACCCACACCCACACCCCCAGUCCCCCGUAGCUCAGUGUUGUUUUUUGUCUGAGUCUGGGGCAGCAGGACCUGAAAGAGCCCCCUUCCCACCAACCAAUGUUUUAAUACUUCAAGAGUUCCCCUUGAUGUGCACAGCCGGUUCAUGGAAGCAAAGGCACCAGCUCUACCUCUUUCAAAGCAAGGGUUGUCUUAAGUCCACAAGUCUCCCAUAUAAACACAAGCAAGAAGGAUUCCCCAGCUGCACAAUGGAAGCCAUCUUACUCACCCCCACCCCGAUGACGACUACUUAUUAUUCUUAUUCUUAUUAUGAAAAAAGAGAGAUGCUUUGAUAGCCAAAGAACCUGGCCCCUAGAAUGUGUGAAUCUCUUAGUGGUCCAAGCAUAUCCAGCAUCCCACCCCAUAGUAGAGAUGUAAUCAUGUUAUUUAUAACAACAGCCUGAUCUUUAGGCAAGGUGAGCUCACAUACAAGGCCAGGCUGAAGGAGAUGAAAUAGACCCACGGCAAGGAAGGAAGGCUUUGUGUCAGUGCUGAGAAUGACUGACAGUGCUUCAAAGAAAAGCCAAAGGAAAAUAUUGCUGUGCUGUCAGGAAAUCACACAUCAUGGAUUGCACUGAAAAUGACUCCUGGAUCAUAGAAUCGUAGAGUUGGAUGGACUCAAAGAGUAAUCUACUCUAGUCCACUGCGAAGCAGGAAUCACAACUCAAGAAUCCUUGACAUAUCCAACCUCUGUUCAUUUGGUGUGAGCUUGCCUCGCUGUCACAACCAGGGGCAUCAAGAGAACUUUGAAGGAAACAGGAGCAGGAACUGCUGAAACAGUUUGCUUUUUCGCCUUCUUGUCUGGAACAGAAAUCAUUCCAGCGAUUAUUUUCAGUAUUUGCCUUUGUUGUUGCUUCCAGUCUACCGAUGAUCUGUAACCGAUUAUGCUACACACACACACACAGACACACACACACCGAUCUGCACUGCAUUUCCUUUGCAUUAAAUAAAUGUGGUGGGAUAAUGUAAUGACAGCAUAUGUCACCUGCGUAAUUUAUUGUGUAAGUUACAUUAUUUCAUCACAGCAGAUGAGAUGAGUAGUUUUCGUGGAAGACAAAAAGGAGCGGAAUGGAAACGGUGUUACAUGUGACAGCUACAGGGCAGAACCAAAAGGGAUGUCUUCUCACAUCUCUAGUCACAACACUUUCUAUGUGUUGCUGCACGAAGACUGGAGGGUGCCCCACUGUUCUUAUGGACAAAAGGACAAACUAAGCACCAGGGUGAAGGAUGGAGUCAGCACCUCAAGAGUAAUGAUUUGCACCAGGACAUGCAAACCAAGAAUGGCCAGCCUUCGGGCAUAGCUGGACUCCUCUAUCUUCUCUCAGCCUAACUAAUUCAAAGCCACAGGAAUCAGCCACAUUUGUUUGUGAAUCCUUUUGAAGCUGGGAGAGACAGAGGUAACAAGGCACCCACAGGCCCUGAGCCAAUAGAAUCUGAGCAGGAAAACACACUGGAGGUUGUGAGAAAGAGCCACAAGCAAGGAGGGGGCUGUACUUUCAAUGGGAAAGAGCUCAGUGGUAAAGCAGAAGAUGUAGAAGAUCCUAGGUUCAGUCCCCAGCAUCUCUCUCCAGGUAGGGCAGGGAGAGACCCACUGUCUGAAACCCUGGAAAACUGUAAACAAUGUCAUGUGACAAAGCGCGUCAAACAAUACUGAACUAGAUGGACUAAUGGUCUGUCUCACCAUAAUAAGGCAGCUUCCUGUGUUCAUCAAGAGCAUCCGCAGCUCUGUGCCAGAGUACCUGCUAUGCAUGCAGAAGGUCCAGUGCUUUUUUUUUCCAGUCGGAGUGUGUCGAAGCACAGUUCUGGCACUUCUCAGGUGGGUGCCAUUGUGGGCUGGUGAUCCUCCCACCUGUUUCUUGCCUUUUACGUACUUCUGAGAAGCCCAAAGCAAACAUUUGAAGUCAAAAUGGAAGUUGGUCAGCAUGUGUGAGUCUACAGUUUUUUCAGAACUAUGGCUCCACCUAGCUCCUAGCCGUGAUUGGUCAAGCUAUGGGGGGGUGCAAUUCAUAUUCCAUUUUCUUCAAUCAGUCUCCAGUGUAGCAGCGGCAGGCUUUAAGCUUUCCUGCCAGGCCUCUACUGUUGCACAUGUGUGUGUUUCUGCAAGGGCCUUUCUGAGAUGCCCUAGCCACCUGCCUGAAUCUAAGAGAACGAGGGGAGCAGGGGUGCAUUUAUCUGACCUGCACCAGAACCAGGGGUGACCUCCAAACCGUUUAGAGAGACAGCUUGCAGUAGCUUUUAGCACCUCCGUGGGUUUGUUGUCAAACUGGCAAUUGUUCAGGGUUGCCCUGAGUUGCCCGACGACUUACUGUAACAACUUUGUGGUGAGUUCCAGCACCUAUUUUUCUAGUGGGUAGGACGGGGGAAGCACUGAGAAGGCCCGAGGUUCAAUAUCUGGCAUCCCCAGACAGGGAUGGGUUGACUCCUUAUUUGAAACCAUGGAGAACCUCUGCUAGUUAGUUUUGACUGUACUAGGCUAGAUGGACCAACCAUCAGACUUUGUAUAAGGUAGCAUCCUGUGUUCCUAUGGAGGAAUUUGCCCUUGUGUCUCAGUUCUGCAGAAAGCAAAAAGGGCAGGCACCUCUGAAGAAUCACAUUGCCUUCAGAUGAGGGAGCAAGCUGUGAUGUAAUAAAGGCAGAAUUAAUUCAUGCCCCCAAAUCCAGCAAAUCCUGAGCACCCAGUGCUUCCCUGCACGCACACACAUAGGCAAAUGAGGCUCAUAUUUCACAUGGUGACUAUCAAAUUCUCUGUGGCCCAUAUAUCUAGGGAAAAAAGUUUUAAAUGGGGAAAGCUCAGCCUAGUCAUAGAGCAUCUUCUAGAGAUGCAGAAGGUCCCAGCUUCAGCCUCUGCCAUUUCCAGGUAGAUCUGGGAGACUUGCUACCUGAAACCCCUGGAGAACCACAUUCAAUCAGGGUAGAUAAUACCAACCUAGGUGAGCCAAUGGUCUGACAAAAUACAGGGCAGCUUCCUAUUCUCCUAUUUAACUAUGAGGUUAAAAAAAACCCGUGAGGUUUUUUCAGAACCAUGAGGACCAGGAUCUUGACAAACGUAGGGCUCUAGCUCAGUAGUAGAGCAUCUGAGUGUCAUGCAGAAGGUCCCAGGUUCAAUCCUUAAUGGCAUCUUCAGUAGGGCUUGAAGAGAACUCUUGUCUGAAACCCCUGGAGAGCUGCUGCCAGCCAGUGUAGACAAUAUUGAGCUAGGUGGACCAAUGACUUCAUACAAGGCAGCUUCCUCUGUUCCCCAAAGCCUCCCCAAAGACCAUUCAACUGAUCAAACUGGCUCUUGAUAAUCAAUAACUGCACUGCCACCCAAUUUCAGAAUCUGGGAUUCCCACUGGCACUAAUGCCUGCAAGUGCUUCACACAUCAUGCUUCUAUAAAUAUUGGGGGGGGGGAGGACCACUGUCCACAUGUCCAAACAGGCACAUGGGCUGUCACUCAGUGGGAUUGGACCUGCUUUGCAUACAGAAGGUCCCAGGUUCGACUACCAGCAUCUCCCAUUAAAAGUGAAUCAUGGACAGCAGAGGCAAGAAUGGCCUAUACCCCAAGUUCUUUGGAGAGACUGGCUGCCAGUCAGAAUAGCCCAUUCUUUGUUAUAUGGAGCAAUGAUCUAACUCAGCUUCAGCAUCACAACUUCCAUGGUCCUGUAGGAAAUGCAUUAUGUGUGAAGCAGCCCCAAGGAUGGUUAUCAGUCUAUUACCUUCUCCUUACCAGGAAAAUAUAGGCUUCACAGCUCCCACAUUUGGUGAGGAUUGAACUUUCAAUACACUAUCAGGAUCAGGGGGGAAAACAACUCACCCUAUUAUUCUUUCUCACUGCCCCCUCUCCCUGUCAUUCAGCACCUUCAUUUCUGUUAACCUGUCUAUUGUCAGUUCCCAAAACUGGGAGGAAUCCAGAGUCAAUUUGAGUUUGGGUUGCAUUGGAUUGAGUUGAGUUGAGUUGAGUUGAGUUGAGUUGAGUUUAUCUUGUAGGCAGAAUGGGAAGUUUAUAGCAGACAUUGUUCACCCCUGCUCUUGAUAUAUCAGCUUGGGAAAUAUUCCUAAGGUGGAGAAUGUGUGUAUGUGUAUGAGACAGCUCCCAUAUUUUGGGUGGCACUGAAAAAGCUAAGUUCUAGCCUGCUCCCAGCUGAAUAGUGGGUACAAACCACAUGUCCAGCCUAUGAUUUUUCUCACCUGGCUUGCUGAGGAGCGUAUGACUUCCGCCUUCCAUCUGUGGUAGAAUAAAAUGUUGUGCACACCCCAGUCUCUUUAGUGGUGAGAGAUUUCAGGGUGCUUACACAGGGUUCAGUUUCCUUGGAAUGAAGGUCAAUGGAGACUGUGGUGUCUUUAGAAUAUAUGGUUUUACUUCUACAUAUAUACAACCUGAGUUUAGGAUGAAGGGUCUCACAGCCUUCACACUCUGACAGAUAUUGCUUCCCCUUUGGGUUUCCAGGGAAAGCCCUGAGUCACAGCUUGGGGUCUAACACAAAACAGGCAUGCCUCUCUGUCUCCAGCUUCCAGCAUCAGCCAAAACUCUGUCUUACACAAAAAACCUCCUUAGCUUGUUGUUCCCCAUCCUAGGAUUAUGUGGCAUCCAGCCAGGUGAGGUGGUGGAAAGCCCAUCCAUAUGUUUCUAUGGCAGUCUCUUUGGACUGGUCUGACCAGUUCACCAGGUUUCCUCUUGUAGAUCUUAACCUCACAGUCACGGGUCACAAGUUUGAAAGGUACCCAUGGAGAUAAUCUAAACUAACCCCCAACCUUAUAACAGUAGUGGUGGUUGCCACAUUCCCCUUGCUCCAGCAGUGUCUAUUGCCCAGGGAGGAUAGAAGGCCAUGGGCUCAUUUUUGCAUCAGACAGAAGCUGUGCACCUUUCAAGAUUCCCCCAAGCCUCUCAUUUCUUCCAAUCCCAUUAAGGUCUUGCAGAAGCAAUCAGAGAGGGCUUAUUAUCUUU